UUCUUUUCAUGCCCUAGCCCCAUGGAGCCAUAUAAUUUAACAGGGGCCUUGGAAUUUCUCCUCCUUGGACUCUCAGAGGAUCCUGAACUGCAGCCCAUCUUAUUUGUACUAUUCCUGAUUAUAUACCUGCUCACAGUACUAGGAAAUAUGCUCAUCAUCCUAGCCAUCAGCUCUGAUUCCCACCUCCACAGUCCCAUGUAUUUCUUCCUCUACAACCUUUCCUUGUCUGACAUGGGCUUUAGCAGCACCACAGUCCCCAAAAUGCUGAUAAAUAUGCAGACCCAUAGCAAAUCUAUAACUUAUGCAGCCUGCCUAAGUCAAGUGUCCUUCUUCUUUCUUUUUGGGUGUAUGGACAGCCUACUACUCACUGUGAUGGCCUAUGACCGAUGGGUGGCCAUUUGUCACCCUCUACACUACCAGGUCAUCCUGAACCCUGGCUUGUGUAGAUAUUUGGUCCUGGUGUCAUUCUUUAUUAGUCUUGUGGAUUCACAGAUACAUUGUUUAAUGGUGUCACAACUAACAUUUUGCACUAAUAAAGAAAUACCUCAUUUCUUCUGUGAUGUUCCAGAGCUUCUAAAACUUGCCUGUUCUGAUACCUAUAUCAAUAACAUAGUCAUAUUUCUUGUCAGCAUCAUUGCUGGCUUUCUCCCUGUCUCUGGAAUCUUUUACUCCUACUAUAAAAUUAUUUCCUCCAUUUUUAGAGUUCCAUCAUUGCAUGGGAGAUAUAAAGCCUUUUCUACCUGUGGAUCACACCUGGCAGUUGUUUGCCUAUUUUAUGGAACAGGCCUUGGUGUGUACCUUAGUUCAUCUUUUUCUAGUUCUUCCAGAGAAAGUAUGGUGGCUUCAAUAAUGUAUACCAUGGUUGUUCCAAUGAUUAACCCAUUUAUCUACAGUCUGAGGAACAGAGACAUCAAGAAAGCCCUCCAGAAAAUAAUCAAAAUAACCUAA